AUAAAUAAAUUUAUUAAAAAAAGAAAAGUGAAAUCAAAAGCACCAUUCAAAGAAUGCGUUGGUGUGUAAUGGCUUUACUGAAGGUUUGCAGUGAUGAAGGUAGUUUACCUCGAAGAACCAAACUCUGACUUGGUUAAUAACUGAAUGCCCUGACUUCCCUGCCACUUGGAAUUUUUUUACCGACCUCCGUUUCUGCAUGAUCAAACCUUCUAUUAAGUUGCUGUCUGCUGUCCCAUCCACUCUCACUGAUGACUUGCCUUCUUUCCUCUCUAGAUGCCUCCUCCACCCUCCAGAUCUUGUUAACAUUUUAUGGAGCAGUCAAGCUAUGACUUGCUUUUGCUGUUUUCCCAUAAAGCAUUCCCCUUGGGUCACACUUCCCUGUGUAAAGCAGUCUAUCCAGGUAUUUUUCCUAAACAAAGAUAGUUCUCUCCUUUAGGGGAACUCUGGUGCCAGCUGUUAAAAUGACAUUUUUUCAACAUGCUGCAUAAUUUUAAAAAGAUAAAUAUGUUAUUUAUUCUUCAGUGGCUGACGUUUGUGGAUACUGCUGAAAUAAUUGCGUAUUUUCCCUGCAGCCUGUGGUCUAAGUAGGGACUGUUAUUUGAACAGAGUGAAUAAAAGAAAUAAUCAUAAUUAUUUAAUAUGUCCAGACCUGCAUCCACAGUAUACUCAUAAUAUGCUUGUAAUUGUUAUUUACCAUAUGGAGAGCUUCCUCCCUGAUAUGUUAAAUCAUGCACAGAGUACUGCUUUAGGCCUGGCCCCUGAGCAGUGUGUCUCCAGAUCACUCUGUCUACAGUAAGAUGUAAACUCUGUAAACAAUGAGCAUAAAUUUGGGAACAGACUCUGAAGGCAUCCUGUGCAUUUAGUGGGAUAAAGGAUGACUGGAUAUUUUCCAGGGGAGCCUAGGUACAUUUCAAAUGGAGUUCCUAAAGGAUUUUAUUCUGAAUGAGAUGUUAAUAGUUAUAUCAUAAACGCUUAGAUUUUAAACUGUGUUGUUUCUGAGAAGGCUUUUAUUUUUAUUUAUUUGCUUUUUUGAAGUGAGCAAGGCAGAGCAGAGUAAACAGUUACUUAAUAUGCAUUAGCCUCUGUGCCAGCUGCUUUAUAUUGGCAUUCGAUUUCAUCCUCACAAUAACUCUGCGAGAGAGGUUAACAUCACUGUUUUCAGAUUAGAAAUGGGGCACUUAGAGAGGUAAGUAUCUCUCCUACGGUUGCAUCCAGAGAAGAGUAGAGUUAGGAUUCAACUCGGGUCCAACUCACCAUGACAGUUCAGAAUAUGGAAAUCACAACUCUCCAUUACUCACUUCUUGAACUUAACGACUUUGUAUUCCUAUUCUUCUCUCAAAAAACAUGAGCACGGCACUGUGUAAUUCUACAAGAGGAGGGGUAAGACAAAUGUCAUUUGUAGGAAGAAUAAAGCUGUCUCAGUGAAGGAGUUGAGUCACUGGGACAGUUUUCCUUUGUAUUUUUUUCCCUUAAAAUUGUUCGUUAUCCAAAUACAUUAAUAUUCCUAAAGUGCUCUUUUUAAAAAUGGGAAAUAUAUUAAAAUAGCAUGCUUAUUAAACACAUGAUCUUGUUCUUUAGGCAGACGGUAUACUUACACAAUUCAGAGCAGGGACCAGGGACUCUGGGUUUCGAUGCUUGAUCCAUCCUGUGUUAGCUGUGUGACCUUAGAAAAAUUAGAGGGUUUUCUCCGUGGUUUUCUCUUUCUUAGUUUCCCUUUCUCCUUAAAGAUGGUAAAAUAUAAGAAUAAUUCUAUCUUGUAGUUAUUGUGAAGGUUAAAAUGUGCAAAUAUAUGGAAAGUGCUUAGAAGAGUGUUUGGUAUACAGUAAGGGAUCAAUAAGUUUGUUAUUAUUAGUAUUAUAAGUUGAUGAGGAAUGAUAGACAAUAGUAAUAAAGACAUUCAUAUAAGACAUAACUCACAGUUGGAACAUUAAGAAGAAAACUCUGGCAACUGAACUGAUUAAAUAUAACAUGUACAUUUUGUUAAAAUAUUGCUAAUUGUAGUGUUACUUUAAUAACCAAAAGGUGGAAAUAACCUGAACCUCCAACAAUAGAGAGAUUAAGCUUAUAUAUGAUGGUAGCUACCAAGAUAUCAUGUUUUCCACAUAAAUGUAUUACAUGCACAAAGGAUUAAGAUAUUGUAUUUAAUUAAUCUACAUCUAUCUAUCCAUCCAUCCAUCCAUCUGUCCAUCUAUCUAUCUCUGUACAUACAUAUAUAAAGGACCAGAUGGAAACACAGCCUUAUGUUAAAAGCAGUAAUCUUUCAAUAAGUGAUUACAGGUAAUUUCCCCACCCCCUCCCACCCAUUUUUCUUCCUCAAGUUUCCAGUACUUUCAUAGUCAUAAAACACCAUUGAAAUAAAAUAAAAAUUAACCCAGAUGGUAUAUAAGCCACAAAAUGCAUACUGUAUAUUGUCACAUCAUCCUUCUUUCAUAGACACUUUAUGCACAGCCCCUGAAGGCAGGGCUUCAGACACAUCCUGUGCUUAUGUGGCUUCACAGUGGGUGCCAUCAUUACACUCUAGAGCACAUGGGGCCAGACCUUCUGUAUUUGGUCGAACGUGAUUCCCUCUUUCACAGUUGUUUUUUCUUUCAAUCAUUUAGCUUAAAAAUUAACAAAUGAACAUUAUGAUAGCAGCAGGGCAGAAUUUUGCAGAGUAAUACAUUCCUUGGAGUUUAAUGAAAAUUUUUUUUGUACACAAAGUAUAUGUAGAAUGAAGCUUACUUUGGGGGUCACGUGUCUAAAAUCCUGCAUUUUAGAGUAUCUUGAUCUUAUUUUCUGAAGGAAUGAUGCAUUUUGAACCUAUGCUCAUCCACCCACUGUUUAAAUCUACCCAGUCUGCUGAUUAAAUGCAUUAGCUUAUAAAAGAAUAACUUUAGGAAUGGCUAGGGACUGAUGUCAACAUAUAUUGCUAUUUUGUUCACUCUUAUCUUAGAAGCUGCCCUUUUAGAAUUUUUAACUUGUCCACUGUUCAUUCUCUGAUGGGCAAACCCUUGAGCGUCAGGGGACAGCUGUCAAUUAGCACUAUCCUUCUUCACAAACCAUUUUACCUCCCAAGCCUCUGUUUCUUCCUCUGUGAAAAAAGGGACUCUUCAGACCCUUAGCCUGUGACCAGGAAGCUUCUUUUAAUGGACUGCAGACGUUAGUAGGAUGUCAAAGGGACUUGAGCUGCAUUUGUGUUAUUUUACUAGAGUUCAGUCAUGGAAACUGGUAGCAGAGCCCUUUAAGUUGAAUGAUGGCUGGGUUCCCACCUUGACUGCAGUUCUUGAAGGGGCUCUUCAAAGACUGUCAGCCCAAGAGAAGCAUUUACUCUAGGAGUUCCAUUUGGUUUGGGGCCAGUCACUUUUCGAAGUGAAUUGGACAGAUAUAACCCCAGCCAUGUACCAUUUGCAUUUAAUACAGAUAAUGAUGACCUGGACAGGGAUAGUAAGGAUGUAAAUUUUAAAAGAUACGUGCCUUACAUUAGAUCAGUUACAUAAGUAGGCUAAGAAGUCACCGAGUGCAGGAGCACCUUUGUGGGUUCACCUUAGCAGAUGCAAACGUGUGUCAGCGAAGAAUUUGAGCAGCUGGAAAGUUAGUGGAAAAAGGGUAUUCAGCAUUCGACUCCCUUCCCUUUUCCCUUGAUGAGAUCUGGUAAAUGACUGAAGAUUUGAAAGGUCUUCCUUCUCCUGGGAUCCUCCCCUGCGUGGGAUGCUUUCCAGCAGGAUAAUGGAAGGCAACAGAGCAGAGCCUGGGGUUGGCCUCCGCUUGGACCUCUUCCCGGUCCCUCUCCCUGGGGAAUGGAAGAGUGAGUCUCCAGGCUACAAUAGACCGGUGGCGAGUUAAGUUUAUGAAGAAGCUUCUAAAUAACCCUGGUGGGCAUGGCAUGGAACCAACAUGCUGCGUGUGCACUUGGAGGAGAGUAUCGAGGCCACUGGACGUUGCCCACACGAUGCGGGGAGAUUGAGAGCGAAAGUUGAUAGUGGGACAGUCUCUCCUAGAAGACACUGAGUGUGGCUUUUCUAAGUUUUGAAUAACUUUCAGCUUAAAUACAACUUUAGAAUUAAACAGGAAUGUAUAAAUUUAAGGCAAAGAGACAUUGUGGUUAUUUAAAAUGGGAAUAUAAAGUCAAUAAUGAUUUCUAAAAUAGAUUUUCUUGACAGUCAUUCUAAAAUAGAACUUCAUAAACCACAAAUUCUGUUGUCUAGCAUCUGUUUAAAAAUAAGGUUGAUAAAAUUGGCCAUGUUCUGGUAGUGUGGCAGUCGAUAAAAUUAAAAGCUACAAAAAUACCUGAACAGAUAAAAUAAUUAAAAUGAAAAAAGUCAGGCGAAGUAUUACCCCUUGCAUCAUCUUUCUAGGUUGAUACCCUCUAGCAAGCAUCCUGGCUUCAUAAUCUAUGCUUUUGCGCAUCCACUAAUUUUAUAUGGGUGACCAUCAGUGCAGAUACCCAUAAACACGCUACCAAAUUAGUCAAAGCCACAUUCUUCUAUUAUUAAUGGCACCUCUAAGACCUUGGAACCUCUAAUUCUUUGCAUCAUUUACUGUCAACUUUAAAAUGUCAUGUUUGUAACUAAGCACAUCAUUCAUGUGUUUCCAGUUGCUUAUGUAAGGUACUGCCUAAAUAGAAAAUUCUCUAGAAACAUUAAAGACCAGAUACAUACAUCUCUUUGUAGCGUUUCAGAAAGAAGACUAUGUAUGCCAUGACAGUUACUUGUUUUUUAGGCAACUUGAAUAAUGCAUCGAAGGCUUUACAACUCUUCUAAAAAGGAUAAAUAAUUCUUUGAACUGACAGUGAACAAACAGUCUUUUCAGAGCUGCAGAAUUUUUGUUUGAUGGCCUGCAGCGAAUGUAAUAAACUAUAAGAAAGGCUCCAUAAUCUAAAUAUUUCAGUAGUUUGGAGAAGAUUCUAAGAGAUCUUUGCUUUUGAUAUAGCAAUGAUUAAUUAUAUAUAAUAUUACAUAUAUACAUAUAUUUCUAAGCUAGGCAGACAGAAAUUUCCAGAAAACCCUAAUUAGUAUAACUCAGUAGUUAAAGUAAAAGCAUGAUAAUUGAGACCUCAACCAUGCAAUGGUUUUAAUUUAUAUCAUCCCAUGCAAUCUUCCUCAGGACAACCUGGAGUCUCCAUGUUACUAGUGGGAAAAAAAAAAAUCUCAGUCCGAGUAAUUUGCAGAAAACCAUUCCAUCGAGUCUGAUACCAAAGUUCAUAGUCAUUCGUAUCCCACAGUGCUUCUUAAAAUAGUACAUGUAUUCCACGUUCAUAUUUGCACAGUAGUAAGAUAGUAGGUCAAGAAGUGUGUGUGAUGCAAGUUUUGUUUAUUUUUUUUACUGUUUAUUGCUCUUAAAUCCAAUUUGAGAAUAUGUUGACACGAUAUGAUGACAGAAUAUGUCUGUCAUCCUUCCUAUCCCAGCCAAGGUCAUUAUUAUCUGUGUUAGAUUGUAACUGAUACACAGCUGGGAUUGUAUCGGUUCAGUUCAAUUUGCAAAGUGAAUUUAGAUCACUUAAAAGUUAAUAUGCCAAAAAUCACUUUAAAUAAUUUUUCCUUUUUCCUAGUCUUGGGAAGAUUUUACAGGGAGUUAAAUUCAAGGCAGAAGAGUUUAUUGGGCUAAGCAGAGGUGGUCAUUGGGAAGGGAAAUCUCCUUUGAGGGUCCAGAAUUUGGAUUCACAUCGCAGCGCGGGAUUUUAGAAGUGUCAUUUCUGUUCUAAAACCUGGGAGUUUGUCAGUCACAGAAGUCUGAGACCCAAAUUCUACAUCUGCUGUUCUUUGCAAGGAUCCCUGUAAGGCACUGGGAUUAUCACUGUGUUGUUUCCCAGUGGAGUGCCUUCCUCUCUGAGAGCUUAGCUCAUUAGUCUCAAAUUCAUUUUUACCUUCUUUACUUUUUGAAUAUUCCAAAAGUUAUUUUUAAUCUGAGGAUUAGUAGAGGAAUCCCUCUAGUUUUAAUGCAGAAUUUUCAGAGAUUGUGAAAAAAGAGAAGGUAAAUAACUCCUAGUCCGGACAUCAUGAUUUAAAUUCUUCAUUAUACAGUAUAUUUUUAGUUUAAUAAAAAUACCAAGGAUGAACCAUUAAUAAUUUUAGAGUGAAAACAGAGAUGUGUCGAGAGGCAGAGUCUUCUGCAAGGUGUUACAGAGACUGUUAUCCAUGAGGUCACACUGUGGAGAAAAUAGUUCACCUUUGUCAUUUAAUGUGAAGACAGAGGACAUACCAGCAAGCACUCAGGAGAAAAUGCUUCAGAGGUAUGCUGAGAUUCUGUCUAGGCAACAUAAAAUCUUGUUCACAUAGAAUCAACAUACAUUUAAUUAUUGUGGAUUUCACACGUAUUUAUGAGUUGAAUGCUGUGAUUACCAUUAUGUAAAUUUAUUAAAUAAUGAUGAGUAAAAACAAAACGUCUGCAUUGGGCAUAAAGUAUACAGGCAUGUUUCCUGCACUUGUAGCUGAGAAUCAGAGAUGUAAUACACCAAGUCAGACAUGACCAGGAUAUGGGUUAAAGCAGUGGUUUUCAAUAUCUCCUCCACCCAAAGCUCCUUUUAGAGUAUGUGUGUGUGUGUGUGUGUGUGUGUGUGUGUGUGUGUUGAAAGGGGUAUUAAAGCUUGGUCUGUACAGAAAGAAAGGAAAGUUGAAGACUUUUAAGAUGAGUAAAGUAUUUCCUAUGAAUAUACAUCCUGGAAAUAUAGCUUGACCAUAGAUAAGCAUUAAAAAUCACUACUUUUUGCAUAUUAAAUUUCAGGUGUUUUAAGUUAGUACACACAAAAUAUCUGUUACUAAAAUGAAGAGAUGAAGAACUAAGAAUGUAACUAUUUUUUACUCCAUCCUUCUUUGUAUCACAAAAUUUACCUUUCAGCCAAUGUGAUGGUUACCUAAUUUAUCAUGCGAGAUAAAUGAAUGCCUUUGGUCAUUUUGGUGGUAGGGCAUUCUAAAUCUUCUGAAAGGCACAUCUGAACAGGUGGUACAUCUUCAGAUUUCCUCUUGGUGAAGGCUGUGCACAGAAAAGGAAAUUACCUGUUGUGGAUUAAUUCAGUCUCAUGCUGCUAUUUCUUGUUCUCGUGAAUUCUAUUUCCUAUAAACACCAUUAGUUGACGGAUCAGUGGCUUGCUAUUAUUAACCAGGUUAGGUGUAUUUUUGAGUGUCCUUGUCCAAAAGUUACUCAGCACGGGUUUGAACCACACCAUAUGUCCAGUGUUGCUACAUUUUUGUCAAGAUAAUGCAAUGCAGCAGAGUCCUGUGCAUUCCCCUCAGCUAAAAGGAAAGAAAGUCUUUGCCUUUUUCUAAGGAUCCCCAGCUCAAGGGUAUAGUGACCAGGUUAUAUUGCAGGCAAGGCUACUACUUGCAAAUGCACCCCGAUGGAGCUCUCGAUGGAACCAAGGAUGACAGCACUAAUUCUACACUGUUCAACCUCAUACCAGUGGGACUGCGCGUCGUGGCCAUCCAGGGAGUGAAAACAGGGUUGUAUAUAGCCAUGAAUGGAGAAGGUUACCUCUACCCAUCGGAACUUUUUACCCCUGAAUGCAAGUUUAAAGAAUCUGUUUUUGAAAACUAUUAUGUAAUCUACUCAUCGAUGCUGUACAGACAACAGGAAUCUGGUAGAGCCUGGUUUUUGGGAUUGAACAAGGAAGGGCAAGUUAUGAAAGGAAACAGAGUAAAGAAAACCAAGGCAGCAGCUCAUUUCCUACCCAAGCCAUUGGAAGUUGCCAUGUACCGAGAACCAUCUUUGCAUGACGUCGGAGAAACGGUCCCAAAAGCCGGGGUGACGCCGAGUAAAAGCACAAGCGCAUCUGCAAUCAUGAAUGGAGGCAAACCAGUCAACAAAAGUAAGACGACAUAGCCAGAUCCUCACAGGUGUUGUGACUGACUCGCCCUGAGCACCGUUGAGUGAUUUAUCCUGGCCACACCCUCCUGUUCCGGGGCCCAGGAGCAGCUGGCAGUAAGCAGACGCUUACUUCCCGCUGGCUCGAACUUCUUGGUUGCAAGUGGAUAAAUCUCAACGUGUUGCGCCCUCACAACAAGAAGACACCUGGAUAACCAGCUCAACUCAGACCAUGGAAUGCCCUACCAGAUAUGGAAUGCCUUUUUAAUAUCUUUUCUGUGACUGUGACACUUCACGUGAAUGACCUACUUCACAAGUCCACUCGAUACCUUGCCUGCUGACAGCUACCCAUAUUCCUUUUUGAGUCCCGUUUCGGCGAAUUCCAUGUGUUUAAGUUCGAUUUUGUAGCACACAGAUACUCUUGAGUAAUUUCUAGUUAGAUGCUGUAAACCUGUGCUAUUAUGGAGUUCUCUUCUUCCCGUUUUUACAGGGCUGCUGGCUCCACUGUCUGUGACCUUUUGCAGGGAUUGUGUUCCUCUCAAUCGUAACUUGUAGCGGUUGGCUUAGUUUGGAGAGCGAUCAGGGAAACAGAAAGCCUUCUAAACCUAUUAUGACACAUUGCAUCUAUAAAGAUUAAGAGUGUUGUCUCUGGCUCACACUACUGAUGAAACACACAUAUAUGCUCUGUCCAGUAGCAGAUACUGUGCUCCCGAGGCCACGUGGCCGGGCUGAGAAAUGGGGUCAAACGCAGUCAUGGGAAGCGCUCUAUGAUCUGGGUUUGACAUCCCCCUUAGUUUCUUUGUGUGUGUGUGUGUUUUAUACAUAUCACAAGCUUACUGGUAAUGGUAACAUUUGCCUUGCCCAGCGAGCAAGACCCACUGGUUUUUGAGAAAGUGGGUCCAAAGAACUCUGUAGGCCUUGUAGGCCUGAUUAAGGUUCAUUUUCAUCUAUGAAUCCUCAUUAUUUGGAAAAAAGGAAAAAAAAAAUCAAUAAUUACAACCUACAAGAAUUGCACUACCUAAAUCCAUUUCAGAUAGAAUCCUUCCUGUUUUUAAUGAACCAAACUUAAUGCCACCCCUGGUUUGGGCUGCAUUCCACGCACACUCAGCAGAGCAUGGGCAAGGCGGCUGUUGUGUUCUUUUCGCAGCAGCAAUGCAAACGUUAGUUAUAAAUUAGACUUUAAUAUUUUUGGUGUUUAACAAGUUUUUAAACUGGACAUAUUAGGAAAAAAAUAUUUUUUUUAGCUCAGCAUGCUGAGUCAGGUACUGUGUAAUUCACCAGUCCAUACCUCUGACUCAGCUUCUCGGGCCCCUGUGGCCCAAUGGCUGAGUUAGAGGUGCCUUGCCAUGAUCUCAGAAUGCAGUCUGUUGAAUUAUUCUAGAUUAAAAACUAAAGACAAACCAACACGUUCAAACAUCAACUUUUCGGUCCAUGUGAUUUGUUUUUUUUUUUUUUUGCUGUUCUUUGAUUUUGCUUAACUUCCUUUGGAAUUUAAUACUGCUGAAUUCUGAGCUUAGGGAAGACAACGACUAAGAAAGUCCAUGAAUAGUUGACUCCACAGUGAAGAAACCAUGCAAAAUGUUCAAUAUUGGAUAUAAAGAGUUUCAAAAUGUUUGAUACUAAGCUGUUUGGAAAUAUAUUUGUUAACUCUGUGUAUACUUAAUAAAUUUCAAUGUUUUCUCCUCAGAAGAGUUAACUGAGACCAAACUGAACCUCAUUUAUAGAAAACUAUACAUGGGAUCAAUGUACUGGCCUCUUGUUAUUAUUUCCAUGUGGAAGGAUGACCCAGUCGCCAUUUUCUCCCAUCUGCAUUGUAUUUACUGGGAAAUUAUUUUGUCACUGCUUUCCUAAGUCUCCAUGACAGCCCUUGCCCAGCAUUUAAAAAUUUUGGCCUGCUUAGCUGAUUAAAGAUUUACUAUCAAUUUAACUGUUUAUGCUUAUUUCAUUUUCGUAUUGAAUUCCACUUUAAUAAAUAAAAUGUUAGCAUAACGUUUGAGUAGAUUUAUUGUCGAUAGUGCUAAAGUACAAAUACAACAAAAUGCUUCUUUUGACCUCUCUUGAUUUCUUGUUACGCCACUUUAAAGCCUAUUAUUUUUAACAGGCUAAGUUAAAAUACAUUAGAUGAAUUUCAUUAACCAAUUGUUUAGGGAAGACAUAUAUUCCAUAAUAUGUGGCAACAUGAAAUUCCAAUUAGAUGGACUUACCCUACUGUGCACAGGCACACACACACACACACACAUCAAACAACCCCACCUAUAUGUUUUUGGUAAUCAGCCCUACUUGCUGGUUUCUUUUUCCCCUGUAAGCUUGUUUAUUGGUUAAAAUUAUGACAAGAUUUAUUUUUGUAAGUGACUGAGAUUUCAGUAAAUGUGUAUCUCUGUUUUGUUUUUUACAUGAGUUAUCGAUAAGGGCAUUUAUCCCUAUGAAUGGAUGUCAAAAUACUUUCUUCUAAUAUAUGUUUAGACGUAUUGCAGAGGGGUCCUUGUUAUUUGUGAUUUAGUUAGAUCAUUUCCUCUGUGUCUGGUCUGACCUGUUGCAUGGAACGAGGACAGCACUGAUGAACUGCAUGUUGUAGGACCUGUGUAUCAAGAACCAUUGGUGUGUAUUAAUCUACAUACAAAGAGUUUGUCUGCAUUGUACAGUUUCUGUGUUGAAUAUCAUUUGUUGUAUUCAUAAAUACAACAUAUUGAAUAAAAUAUUUAUAUGACGGCAUAUUCAAAAACAUUGAACAACUUUAUGUAAUGAAAUGGCAUUGCAUCACCCACAGAUAUAGAGAAAUGUCAUGUAAAUAAGUUUGGUAAACUCAUUUUCCCCCUUUACCAUGCCAAAGAAAAUUUUAGCUCUUUGAUGAUACCUCUCUUGCUAUUUUUCCAGGAUAAGACUCCACCAUUUUCUCCCCUCAAGAAUUGUUUGCUGUUUUAAGUAAGUGCAAUCUGUCACCUUUGGUGUUCCGUACAGUAAAUCUGAUGGAAUUCAUUUGUAUUUAGAGACCACCACGUGUUCUGUACCUCCAUGUACAUGUCGAUCUUAUCAACUCUUUCCAAUAUCACAUUCCUUUUGCAUCCAUAUCUGGUGUGAGAGGGUUAUGUCUACUGAUUUGUUAUGGUAGCUGUUUCACUCAUUCCUCAACAACGCUCUGGAAUGUUCAUUGUUUUGAUAUUUCAGGUGACAUCAUUUUAUUUUCCUGUAAGUUUGCUUUCUCUAAAGUACUUUGCUACAACUUUACUUGGAAAAAUUAUAGAAGAGAUGCAAAUGGUUCAGCCUAUAUAAAGAGUAAAAUGGAACUGAGCAUCAUGUCAUUACAAAUCUUGGAGAAUUUAGAGAUUCGUGCUCUAAAUGUUCCCUUGCCCUGAGUGUUUGGGGUAAGGGCUGGCUUCAAGAUGGGCCCACAAGACUCCUGCUGCAGUCUGUCUAAUUGUUUGCCUCUUGGAGAGUAAGAAGAGUUUCUUUAUCACACCUGGCCAGUUGCUUAAUGAAUGCCUAAAGCACUACAACAGUCCGCUGUUUUCAGGAUGACCAACAUCAGAUUUGGUUCUUUUUUAAAAAACAAGAAAAAAACUUCUCUCUUUUUAAGUUAGACAUGUAUCACUUCAUUUAAAGUUUUCUCCCUAAUAUUAGAGUGAGAAUUAACAUUUGAAGGAGAGACCAGAUUGACUAAGAAAUCCAUUUUAGAAGGAAUUGAAAAUCAUUAAAAAUUAUUUUCAAUGUUAUUUCAGAACAAGACUAUACCCAGGGCAAGCUUUUGAGCUAAACGCAGGCAUAUCAAACUCCAGGUGUGAAGAGUAUUACUUUGGAGUGAAAUACAUUUCAUAGUGUAGCUCUCUUAGCUUACAAAGUGGCACACAGGGCCUGCUGACUCUCUCGAAUACUGAGUAGGGUUUCAAAGGUUUGAUAGUGAAUCUGCAAACAAAGACUGAGUUAUGUUUUUGUUUUUACCUGGUUUUCUCUAUCAUUUGGUCUAAUUCCCACGUUGUGUUUGCAUUUGAGGUCGUGGAGGCCAUUCCUUCCAAUGCGCGGUAGGAAAUCUAGAUUAGCUCAGAGUCCAGGAAGACAACAGUAUAUAGUGAUUCUCUUAGAUCUUAGGAC